AUUAUGUGAGUCUUUAGAUUGAGUCAGUAGGUUUGUCAGUCAGGGGUUAGAGUCAAUGUGGUGAGGUUUGGAACCGUCAAUUCGGUUGUGCACUUAUCACCAUGGUUGAGACCCGUAGUGGGAAGAGCACUAGCCCCUACACCCCGGAACAGCAAGAGAAGAUGGCCGCCUUAGUGAGAGAAAGUAAGGAGAGAAAAGAGCUCCUGAAACAGGCGAAGUUGAAAGCAAUUGUAGAGGAGCAUGCGGCGAAGAUGAAGAAGUUGGAAGAAGAGAUGGAGGAGAAGAAAAAGGUUGCCGAGAAAGAAGCAGCAGCAGAAGCAGAGGAGGAAAGAAAACGCAGGGAAGAAAAAGGGGAGAGUAGUGGCACGGCGAAGGAGGAUACAGCGAUGGAGAAGAAGAUUAGUGAGUGGAUUGCUAACUUAUCAUUGGCGGAAGACGAGGAGGCACAGUUCUAUGUGCCACAGGAUGAGAGGGAUGCGUUAGCCAGCGCGCUAGCAGCAAUUGAGGACCCCCUGGAACGGCAAGAAGUAGAGGAGGAGAAGAAGUUGGAGGGGAAAUUGAGGAUGAAGAGGGAAAAGAAGAGAAGGAGGGAGAAAGUUAAUAGGUUGACCGCGGAGGUGGCCAAGGUGAGAGACUGCAGACGAGAGGUGCACGCGCAGGAAGAUAUUUUUGCCAAAAUGGAUAAGAUGUUGGGGUACUUGGACGUGUUGAGUGAGGCAUGGAUGGAAGAGCGCCAAGCUAACUGGGGUCACGAUGUGGCCCUGAGUGCCAUGCGGUCAGGAUUUCGAGAUUUUGCGCGCGAUAUGGUCACCCACGUUGGAGGCGAAGUCAGGCGAUUGAGAGACAACGUGGGGAAGUUCUGUGAGGGCGCCAUCGAGGGUGCCAAAGCAAUAGCCGCUGUAGAGAGUGAGGCCAGGCCUCGUAAAGAGUCCGUCAAGCUUAAGUUUCAGAUGCAUACGGCGGGAAGAAGGAGGAUAAUUUUGAUAACUGGGAGGCGAGCGUAAAUAGUUACGUGUACUUACAAC